CAGCCCCGCCCGCGCCGGGGCUCAGCGCCGGAAUCGGCGAGCAGGCGGCGGGACUGGCAGCGGUGCCGGGGCCUCGGCCGGGUCAUCCCGCAGUCCUGCGGCGUGGCAUAGCGCGGCACCGGGCGCCCGCGGGGGGCAGGCUGGGAAUGGAGUGCGUAGUUUGGAUGUCAGCAGUGGGACAUCUUACCAAAACAAAGCAUCCACGGGACUGUUGUCUAAUCAAUGACUUGUAAGUGCAGGAGCUAUUAGAUUGGAAAAAAGUGCUAAAAGAUGCCAAGUGAGGUGCUUGAGAGCAGCAGUGGGAUGGAGGAGACCGUACAGAAAGAGAGCAAGUCUGGAGGCCAGAGCCCUCACCGUGGCUCCCUGAGAAGGGCUGUGGCAACCGCUGUCACCUUUGACGGGGAAGCCACUAUGGACCGGAGGAAAAAGAAGAAGAAAGAGUCCCGUCCCGAGUCAAUAAUAGUGUAUCGGUCAGAGAAUGAGAAUAAGGUGGAGGAAGAACAAGCAGAUGAAGAAGGAGGGGAGAGGAGCUCUGAAGAAGGCUCUAAGUUCCUGGGUCAGUCCAUGGCAGAUGGUGUCUGGAACAUGCCUUUAGACAGCCGAUAUGUCACCUUGACUGGAACAAUCACCAGGGGAAAGAAAAAGGGUCAGAUGGUGGACAUCCAUGUCACAUUAACGGACAAAGAGCUGCAAGAACUGGCUAAGUCAAAGGAACCGCCUAAAGAGGAUGUACCCGAGAAGAAGAAAUGUGAUGUUGGGCUGGACAGAGGACCCCACAUCAUCCUCUGGACCAUCAUCUGCCUCCCCGUAAUUUUUGUAGUGUCCUUUGUGGUUUCAUUCUACUAUGGAACCAUUACAUGGUACAACAUCUUCUUGGUGUACAAUGAAGAGAGGACCUUCUGGCACAAAAUCACGUUUUGUCCUUUUUUGAUCAUCUUCUACCCAAUUAUAAUUAUGGUUGUGUCUUUUUCCUUAGGCCUGUACUCAGCUGUGGCCCAGGUAGCAUGGUCCUUUGGGUACUGGUGGCGUGCUGUCAGGGAUAUGGAGAAGGGCUUCUGUGGCUGGCUCUGCAGCAAGCUGGGUUUGGAAGAUUGUUCUCCGUACAGCAUUGUCGAGCUGCUAGAUUCUGACAAUAUCUCAGGUAGUCUCUCUGGCAAGAGUUCUGCACAGGGGGUUGAGACCUCGGCAGUCUGAGCUUUUGUCCUGGAUGACUAUUUUGGUCAUAUGAGAGUGGUUUUCACCUAGAAAAUAACACACAGAUUUUUUUUUAUAUAUAUAUAUAUAUAUAUUUAAACGCAAACUUAAUGAGUAAAAUAUUAGGCUGGGAGUGCUCUUUAAAUGUCACAGAAUGCAAGUGUGCUAGAUUCACAUGGUCUGGGUGGGGAGGUGCAUGGCUCUCCAAGGAUUUGUCAUCUGUUUUAGCUAAUUACAACUUCUGGGAAUGAUGAGAAAAUCCCAGUCUGUGGGGCUUUGUCUGUUUGUGGGGUAGCAGAGAUAUAUGCUGAAAAGUCCACUUCUGUAAAGUUAGACUUCACUUUUACAGAAUGGGGCAUAACAGUGAUCUGUCAACUCGGUGAAAAGAAGUCUCUGUUUGGGGGAUGACCUUCAGGAGCUAGGAAAUCAUUCAGAGGUAAAGGCUAAAUUGCAAAAUGUGAUUUUUCUGCAGUUUUCCUAGAAAGGGUCCAUUUCCAGGCCUUCUGACAAGUGCAGCAAACCUUCCAGGUAGGCUAGCCACUUAGACACUGUCAGAAUUUGAAAAACAGACCACCACAAUAGUUGUGUCCAGCCUUUCACUGGGAGAGGGCAGCACAGCCUCUGACAAAGACACAUGAGCUCUACGCUGACUUUAAAUGCACCCAUCACAUGAUGGAAGAGUAGGGCUUGCUCUGUAAUGUCACCAAGCACCCUCAGGAGACUGGAGGUGCACAAAUAGGUGCUUAGGACACACCUGCAUUUGGUCUCUUGACAGCUGCUUAGAAGCAGUGGGCUAUGGGAGUGGUAUGCAGUGUGCAGUGCCAACAGUUGCACUGUAGGGAAGAAACAUCUGCUCUGAGGAAAGGCGAUCAGUUGGCAUGGCACUGCAAGGCAAGUGUGGACUGCCAGCACCUUUAUUUAGGGAAGUGGAAGGUGCUUGGGAUGGGAAGGUCUCACUGAAAUGGCCAUUCUGUUUUUCAAGUAGCUCUUAUGGAAGAGCUGCUGGACCUUCCCUUUCAGAACAGGGGUGUCCCUGCACCUGUCUGUUACUGCCAGUGCAAACUGCAUUAGUGCCUCAGCUCUGGAAAUCUGCAUCCCCCACACACUUCCUGGUUAAUUAUAUGGAAAAGCAAUGGAUUAUACAUGCUCCUCCCCUCAUUUUCAUAAUUGUUUUCCCUCCUUUUGAGACUUUGCAUGGCAUCUUAGUGGGCUUCCAGACCAGAGGUGUCCACCAGAGCCUGGAGAAAUUUUAAAUGUCUCUUUAAAAAAUGACUAGCAGAAAAGUUUUUUUUUCUUGAUUGGCUGUUGGGGUUUUGGCCUGAGGAGGACAUGAGACAAAUAAAAGAGAGGUAUAACGGACUCUAAUGGUAACUGAGUUACACAUCUGAAACAUGAUUAAUUUUCUGAAUGCUCUAGUUCAGCUGGUGCUGCUAGAAAGUCUGGCUCAGCCCCAACCCAGAGGAGCCCAUCAUUUGCAUGCAUGUAGGUAGGUAAUAGGUAGCGUGCAGUCAGGCUGCAGAGACACUCGUCUGUGUGUUUCACUUCCUCAGUCUCCCUACCAGAGGGGGAGCUGCUCUAGUUUUAGGAUGGUAAAGAGAAGCAUUCAGAAGCUGGAUUUCACAGGAACUAGUGCUUUGUGUUGCAUUUCAAGGAUAGGGUCAAGACUACACUGACUGGCUGUCCUGAUUAGGACAUCUGGAAACCUGUGAUGUAUAAGCAGUCCGUCUGAUUGAUGCUCUAGGCCUGACACUGAGAAAUAAGUUAAGUUCCUGCUGUUAAGUCCCUGGGUCCAUCUCCUUCUGGGAAGUCCAGCCAAAGCAGCCUCUUAGUGCUGGCUUGAGGACUAACAGUGUGAACAGCACACAAGCCACAUAUCAAGAGCAGGCUUGGCCCUACACUUUACAGGUACAGGUGCAGCCAGGCUGUGUUGGCUGCUUCCUGAUGCACAGCUUUCAGUUUUUACUGGUGAAGUCUUUAAAGAAAAUGACCAACUUCCACAUUAAAAAAAAAAAAAAAGACCCCAACCUGUGAGGCAAUGGCAGGUAAUUCAGUGGGGUUCAAAGAGACUGACAUAUGCCUGGGACCCGUUCAAGCAGUGGAAUGUGUUUCACAGGGCUGUUUCAAUCAGGGAGCUUGACAUGCCUCUGAAUUCAUAGAGAAGCUGAGGAUAAGUCAUGCCAGUGCUGGCAGUCUGUACUGAGCCAGUGCAACCACUCUGCUUAAUACUCCUUCACGUGGAAAUCACAGGCUUCCACAUGGCUGGAGGGUGGGAAAAGCAAUGCUUAACAAGCAUCAAUGGGAAGGCUGGCCUGCUGGCAAGUGUUCUCGUGCUUUGCCUAGAGGGACACUGCUGGCGUGAAAGGAGUGGAUUGUGUAUCUUGGCCCCAGCAUGAGGCAAACAAGUGGGUUUGGGGGAAGGACGGCUGGCAAGUGUGCAUUGCUGGAGAGGGAGAAAACCCAAUUCAGCUGUCACUGCCAAAGAGCAGCUGUUCAAGGCUAGACGAAAGGCUGGGGUCAGCAACACAAAGAGCCUUCAGCUUACAGAGGCCUUGAGUGCUAAACACAAGCUCAUUACAGAAUACAGCCCUGUGAAAUGUCUGCUGAACUGCAGGAUUUGCUUUCAGGAUUGCAAGCAGCCUGCCAGCAUGGAGACAAACCUAAAUCUGUGCCUCUUACUGCUAUAUAGACACAAAGGAGCAUCAGAGAAGUCAUGCUACCCUCUCUCUGCCAUGGCAGCUACGCUUCUGGUUUGGAUUCCACCUUUCUGGGGAUACACUGGAAUAUCGUAUGUUUCCUACUUCUUUAUGCUUAACCAACCUUGACUCUGUUCCUGCCGAAGUCAGGGUGUUCUGCCAUUGAUUUUGGUGGGGGCUAGUGCAAGCUUGGGGCUAGUUCUGGUGCUAUUUGUAAAAGUUUUAUUCAAACUUUUCUCAAAACAACUCUGGAUAGCUUUCUCUCUUGCCUGUUGUCCCCCAGAGUCGUUUGCCUGCUGCAAAAUAUAUAAUCAUAA